GAAAGAUUAAAUCAAUUAGAACUUUAUUUUUUUUUUCAAAUUUUCCUGACAAUCUUCUUCGAUAAAGGAGAUGUAAAUUAAAAUCAAGUCAUGCGCAAUGCUAUGUAUGUGUGUGUAGCGUCAGGUAAACACAGGCAUACGGUACGCGUCGUUAUUUUUCUCGUGGGACUGUAACGUUAGCUGCUAGAAUAAGAUUUCAACGAUGAGUAUCAGCGAAUCUGUAAGUGAACUCUUCGCAAAAUCCACUAAUAAUGACAAUGUUUUCACGAUCGGCGUCACUGUGGACACAGGUUUCGAGUGGGAAGCGAUCGAUGAAUGCAAGGAGAAAUUGGGCAAAGAUGUUCAGGUGGUCAAGCAACGUGGAAGAAUCUAUUUUAAUAUCGAUUGGGAUCAGUUUUCAAAAGUUCAACAAAUGAGAUCGAUUGACCAUAUAUUCAUAGUAGCUGAGAACGGGACUCUGUCAUUUACCAAUGACAAAGAAUCAGACUUACUGCGUAUAAGAAAUUAUAAUUUAGAUGUACUCUCAAACUCAGAUAAUAUAUGGAACAAAACUCUUGAAGCAUGGAAAUGCGCAACAAGUUUCAAAGGGAAACUUUUCCCGACAGCUGAAGAGUAUAUUGAAGCUAAAAAGCAAAAUCUUGUGGAGAAAACAGAAAUGUUAGAGAUGCGUAACAAAGAAAAAGAGGAAAAAGAUCCUCUUGAUUGGGACGUAUCAGGGAUGAAAGAAGAGAGAGGAAAGAAAAGAGGACAAGAUCCUUCACAAUCUAAAGAGAAUGACAUACUCAAGUACAGAGUAACAUGCGAGAGGAGUGGCAAGCAUGCAGUCGAAUCUAAGGAUGUCGCUAGGGUUGUUGGAGAGGUAUUACAGGACAAAUUUCAUUGGCUGGUUGACUUAUCCAUGUAUCAUCUGGAAAUUGUCUGCAAAUUGAUAGACGAUCAACUAAUAACGCAUUUACGCGUGACGCACAAAUCCAAGCAUAACAGAAACAUUGUAAAUUUUGGACCAACUACUCUCAGAUCAACCAUAUGUUAUAAUUUGUUAAAAUUGGCGAAUCCCAAACCAGGAGAUAUAAUAGUAGAUCCUAUGUGCGGCGGAGGUUCUAUUCCUAUAGAGGCAACUUUAGCUUUUCCAUACGCAUUCGUUCUAUGCGGCGACAAUGAUUCCAGAGCUACAGAUAGAACAAAAUCAAAUAUGGAUGCUUCAACAGUUAGAUGCAAUAUAGAUCUCGUACAGUGGACUGCUUCAAAAUUGCCAUUCAAAGAUUCUUUUGUCGACAUUAUCGUUACUGACAUGCCUUUCGGUAAAAGAAGUGGGAAUAAGUCAUACAACAAAGUUUUUUACAAGCAAUUUUUGCUAGAACUUGGCCGUAUGGUAAAAUUUAAUGGACGAAUAGUUCUACUCACUUAUGAUAGAUGUAACUUUAAAGACGCUUUGAUGGCAGCAGGCGAUUUAUUUUGGGUGAUAAAAAUAAUUGGUGUGAACAUAGGAGGUCUCCCAGCUGCAGUUUAUGUUUUGAAUCGCACUCAAGUAUCCCUUAAUUCUUUUAAACCGCGUGCGAUCAAGCAAUAUAACUAUCCGAGGGACAAUAAAAACUCAUCUACUCAAUCAACUAAAAAAUCUGCGACCAAUUAGAUACUCUAUUUUCACAAGUGUUGUGAUAAGGAAUUCAUAUUUUUGUACGAAGAAAUUAAUAGUUUAUUUACGUAUUUAGCAUAUAAUCAUGAUUAUAUAAUUUUCUUUUCAACGAAUUCUUUCCCUGUCAUAAUUCUAAUACAUAUUACUCACAAAAAGAA